UAUUAAGUCCUAUUUUUAGUUCUACUUGAAAGUGAUAAUAUCUGUGGCAUAUAAUUACAAAAUUAAAACCAUUUUAAUUACACUUACGAAAGGAUUCGAAUAUUACAUAGAACUACAGAACAAAACUAAUCUACCCGCACACUUAGAAUAACAUCAUGGAUUGGGAGGAGUUGAAAACAAAGGAAUUUUGGGUUGCUAUUUUCGCGGAAUUUCAAGCUACUCUACUUUUUGUUCUGAUCGCAACUGGAAGUGCAAUGUCAUUGAAUAAUUCAAGUUAUUUACACAUCGCUCUCACAUUCGGUUUAACAAUUGCAACCCUCGUUCAAGCGAUUGGUCAUAUAUCAGGAGGUCAUAUAAACUCUGCUGUAACAGUUGCAAUGAUGGUUACGAGAAAAAUUUCAAUUUUUCGAGGAAUUUUGUACGUUAUUGCUCAGAUGGUUGGUGCAAUGUGUGGAUCUGCAAUACUUAAAGGAAUCACUCCUGAUGACAUCGAAGGAAAUUUAGCAGCUGAUAUGAUAAUGCCUGGUGUCAGCGUUGGAGCGGGUUUUGGUGUCGAAUUUUUAAUUACUUGGCAAUUUGUAAUGACAGUAUUUGCCACAACCGAUCCCAACAGAAAAGACUUGAUGGGAUCUCCGGCACUUGCUAUAGGAAUUUCUAUUGCUAUCGGACAUUUAUUUGCGAUCGGUUAUACGAACUGUGGAAUGAAUCCAGCAAGAUCAUUCGGACCAGCUGUAGUUUCGGGAUUUUGGACUGACCAUUGGGUAUUCUGGGUUGGACCAAUUCUAGGAGGAGUACUCGCUGCUUUGCAAUAUGAGUUUUUACUCGCACCUUCUGCAUCUGUGCAACGAUUUAAGAACUACGUAACAUGUAGAGACGACAAAGCUGAUGGUAUUAUAAAUGUUAACCAAGUAACAAAUCCCGUCAAUGUCGAAAUGACGACUGAAACAAAUAUUUCUACGUCAUAAAGUUGUCAUAGAAACGAUUUAUUUCAUCAUUUGUUCAUUGUAUCGUUCAAAGACUGAAGUGAGUGGAAUAUUACCCAAUGUGCCUGUUAAUUUCGAUUAUAUUAUUAUAACAAUUGUAUUGUUUCUUUUUAUAUUGAUUUGUUUUGUUAAAUAAUUAUUCAGGUAUACUCAUAUGCUUGAGUGAGUACCGUCUUGUGUGGCAGUAUCAAAAUUACCGGUUGGCAAAAUUUCAACUGAACCAUGUGGCCAACAAUGUCAUGUAUUUGCAAUAUGUAAUAUCGCUGAGUAGUCGCUGUUUUAAAAUUCUCUGGUAUUAAUGAAAUUCACUUCGUCAUUUUAUCUAAAUAUGUAUUGUACAGAGUAUAUCAUUUGAGAAUGAAACAGUUUUGGCUAAGAUAGCAUAGCUAAUAUAUAUAGAUAUACUGAGGUUUUGACGCGAUGUUGAGGGUCUAAUGAGUGGAGUGCAUUACUGAUGUACUAAAUAUCUAACUUUUACUAAAUAACGUAUUUUAUUCUUUCAUUUAUUUUCUAUAUUAAACAUAUGUGCCUAUUAUGACGAUUUGAAUUCUAAACCUGUCAAUGAUAAUAUAUAUAUAUGUAUGUCGUGCAAAAUAUAUAAAGUAACAACGCAAUA